UAUUUUUAUUUUAUUUUUGAUAAGCUGUACUGCUCCUGGCUGUGAGUGCUCCUACCAUGGCUUCUCUGCGCCCCGGUUCACGCAAGUACUCUUGUUGACUGCACUAAUAUUUUCCAUGUUGUGAGUCACUUUGGAUGAGAGUGUCUGCCAAGUGACAGUGUCAUAUGUCUCGUCAUGUAAUGUCAUGUAAUGCAGUGGAAAUGAUGAACUCCUGUUGCCCUGUCCAGCCCCUUCCCCCAAUCCCUUGCAGCCCCAGAGAUAUGUGUACAGGAAGAAGGGGGAAGUCAUCCUGAUAAGGAGAUACAGAGAUAGAAAACUCUAGGGAAAAGGAGGGGGAAAUUGAGAUGAUUCAUGAGAGAUAGAGAGAUGUAGAGAUUGGUAGAGUGGGAAUUGUGGUGAGAAGGAGAGAGCUAGGAAGUGAGGGGAGGGACUAGUAAUAGAGGUAAUGUGUGUGUGAGAGAGAGAGAUAGAGAGAGAGGGAAGGAGGGAGAGAAUGUGCGUCAACAGGUGAAAAGACAAAACGGCUGUGGAGCACCAACCGUUUCCAAAGUUUUCCUUUAACCGUCUACAGAGGAGUAGGGAGCUACAGACAAAAAAACACCCAGACCAAAAAUUUCACAUUCACAGGCACACACUCGCACAUGCACCAAGAGAGACAGGCAACACGCACACAGUCACUUAGUACAGAGUUCUUGUAAAGAUGAUUGGUUGUGUUCGAGAUUUCUUCACUUACGAAACCACCAAGUCUGUGGUAGUGAAGAGCUCAACCAUUGGCAUCUUCAACCGCGUCGUUCAGCUGCUUAUCAUAGCCUACUUUGUGGGGUGGGUCUUUCUGCAUGAGAAGGCCUAUCAGGUGCGAGACACGUCCAUCGAGUCCACGGUCAUCACCAAGGUGAAGGGCUUGGGUCUGUAUAACAACAGAGUCAUGGAUGUAGCGGAUUAUGUCACCCCUGCUCAGGGUGCCUCUAUGUUCUGCAUAAUCACCAAACUCAUCAGCACAGAAGACCAGAUUCAGAGCAACUGUGCAGAGAGUGAGGUUAAGAAAGCCAAAUGUACCAACAACAGCAACUGCACGGAAGGUGCAUCCGCACCUAACGGUAUAAUGACUGGCAGAUGUGUGGACUUUGACAACUCCUCAAAGACCUGUGAGAUUCGAGGCUGGUGUCCUGCUGAGAUUGACAGCUUAAAGAUUGAGCCCAUGAUGGAGGUGGAGAACUUCACCAUCUUUAUUAAGAACAGCAUUCGCUUCCCCCUCUUCAACUUUACCAAGGGCACCCUGCUGCCCAGCAUCACAGUAGAUGAAAUAAAGAACUGCAACUUUAACAUGAGCAACAUCUACUGCCCCAUCUUCAGGGUGGGGGACAUCCUCAGCUUCGCCCAUCAGGAUUUCUACAGCAUCGCCAACGAGGGGGGUGUGAUCGGUGUAAAGAUUAACUGGGUCUGUGAUUUGGACAGAUCAGCAGAGGAAUGCAAGCCUGCUUUUUCCUUCACCCGCCUGGAUGCUGUCUCCCGGAGCAACACAGUGUCAAAAGGGUACAACUUCAGGUUUGCCAAGUACUAUAAAUCACAGAACGGGACAGAAUACCGCACACUCAUCAAGGCAUUCGGCAUCAGAUUUGAUAUAAUAGUCUCUGGCACAGCACGGAAGUUCAGUGUGAUACCAACUCUCAUCAAUGUUGUGGCUGCCUUCACCACCAUUGGAGUGGGUACGGUCCUUUGUGACAUCAUCCUUCUCAACUUCCUGAAGGGCGGUGACAAAUACAAGGCUAUUAAAUUCGAAGAGGUCUCAGAGGUUACAGACUCUCUCUCCAACAGCAACGAGCUCUAUCAGGGAAGUUCCACCCAGCUGUCAGUCCAGCAGUUAGGGAAACACUCUGAGGACUCAGGGGCUUACUCCAUUGGACAGCAUGGCUGAUAGACAGUAGCUCCCAGCCAAUGGGAAAAGUCAGAGCUGCGGAACAGGGUUGGGUGUAUCCAAUCCCAUAAGUUCCUACGAUUGCACUCUUUUGCAUGGCCAUGCCUGCGUUCACAAAUAAUCAACAGACUAAACUCUCAACCUCUGACCCGUCAUCAAAAAAUGCUAUUCGAAACCUGCCUUUCACUUGGUUUUACUUUCAUCUUAUGAUUGUAUUUAUUUUAUGAUCUGUAACUUCUAUGUGUAUCUGUAAGUGCCACCCUGUUGGGUGUUGCACAAAGAAACACUUCUGAAUGAGACACACAUUUCUCCCCCCUCUCUACAUCUGUGUACAUAGUUUAUUUUGUUUUUUUCCUCACACUUUGAAUUUGGCUGUCAAUACUGUGCAGAUGAUAACAUGUAAUGGCACUGAGUGAGAUGGUCAUAUGAAAUUUGUGCUUUGAACCCAGGGCAUGUUAAUGUGCCUUGGUGACUAAGAAAGUGUAAAUAAACUGCUUCAUAUCUCAA